UGACCAAUCGGCGCUGUGUUCUCAAGGUAGGCGGGACAUCCUUUCCAGCCCUCUCACUUGCUUUACAGCUUGAAGCUUCAGCUCUUGGCUUGAAGGGCACCCAGUCCAGCAGCGGCAGCAGCAGGAGAAAGCUUGGGUUUUUGAAGCAGGGACUCGAAUUUAAUUCACAAUGGGAGGACACGACGCUGGAUCACAGCACCAGUUUACUGGUAUCGCCAAGUACUUCAAUUCAUACACCAUUACUGGGAGGAGGAAUUGCGUGUUGGCCACAUACGCCAGCAUCGCUGCCAUCAUCCUGUUCUUCAAGCUAAAGCCCAAGAAGCAGAAAGCUGUAACUGAAAGUUAAUUUAUAGAUGUCUUAUGAUUCCACUGGUUGUUGUCUUGAGUUUCCACCAUGUAAAGAAUAAAACUUUCACAAAACGCCA